AUGUUGGACUGUCAGGAGAAGCUGGACGAUCCGGCCAAGUCGGAGAAGCCCGCAAAGGCUCAGCCGAAGCUCAUCGGGUUCACAAAGCAGCUCGAAGCACGCCAAGAUGCUCAACGACCAGAUUCAAUCGUCGCGCGCAAGAUGGCCGUCUUGAUCGUCAUCGGCUUGAUCACCUAUGUCGGCUACGCCUUCAUCUGGCGUGUCUGCGUGCCCAUGAUCCACCAGAACGCCAAGCGAAGAGGGUCAAGAACGCAAGGCAUCGUCCUGCUGGUCUUCUUCGUCAUACUCUGGCUCAUGUUCUGCUGGUCUUAUCUCGUCAUCAUCACUACGCCGCCGGGCUAUGUCAAAGAUCACGUCCAAGUCUCUGCCGAGCCGCGUUGGAAUGCGCAGGAGGGCCGCUUCGAUGACAAUCCGGGGACGUCACAAUCAUCACUGAUCGCAGGUCCUGCUUAUCCUACGCCUGCAAGACCAGAACACGCUCAUUUACAAAACACCCAUGCGCCCGAUCUCCAAGCGGGCCCACAGAGUUUUGCUGCCGGACUGCCAGCUACACUUGAGGGAGCUCUAGGCAGCAUCGCUCCUCCGUCUUCGGCUGCUACACCUGAAGAGAAACCCGCUCGUACCGGACCACAGCGAAAGAUACCCGAGCAUGCUGUUUUGAGUCCACCAGCACGCUAUUGCUACAAAUGUCAACGCAUCAAACCGUACAGAGCUCAUCAUUGCCGUCACUGUGGUCAAUGCGUGCUCGGCAUGGAUCACCACUGUCCUUGGAUAGGCCAAUGUGCAGGCGCAAGGAACAAGAAAUACUUUAUGAACUUUCUCCAGUGGGCUGCUAUCUUCACAACCUAUACUUUUCUGGCCAGUCUCUUGGCUGCAGUCCCGCCGCAUAGACCAGCAGGCGCCUCUCAUACUGCCGACCCGCAGCAAUUCGUGCUCAUCGGGAUAGCAGGAUUCUUUAUGAUCUUUACCGUCGGUAUGGCCGGCGCACACACUCGCUUACAACUUUUCAAUAUCACUACUAUCGAAGAGAUAGGCAUCACUCGCAUGCGCAGAAGAGAGAGGGCAGCUACAACGCUCGAGUAUGGUCUCUGCUCUUUCGGCAAAAAGGCAAAGCUUGUCGACGAAUGGGAUCACGAGUGGGGUCGAUUAGACAAAGAAGGUAACAUAUGGUGGAUGGGCUCGGCAAGAGCGAAUUGGGAAGCUAUCAUGGGUACCAGCAAGCUCGGAUGGUUUUUGCCGAUCAAGCCGACAAACCGCCCAGAUGGCCUCUCUUACCCUGUCAAUCCUCGCUUCACGCCCGAUGGGCGAUGGCAACGCCGUGCAGACUGGCCGCAGCAACUCCAGUGA